UCUCGCGAGAGCUCCCCCCCUCUUCUCAGCGCUGCGCCCGGCGGCGGCCCGACGGGAUCUUUCGAGAAGUCCCCCCGCCCCGAGGAGGCAGCGCCCGCCGCCGCCGCGCAUUUAAACGGGCCGAGUCGCUCUUCCUCAGGCGUCUCAGUUCCUUCCCUCCGUCGUAGCUAUGUCGGUGGUGGGCAUCGAUUUGGGUUUCCAGAGCUGCUAUGUGGCUGUGGCCCGCGCCGGCGGCAUCGAGACCAUCGCUAAUGAGUACAGCGACCGCAGCACGCCAUCAUGUAUAGCCUUUGGACCCAAGAAUCGUUCGAUUGGUGCUGCAGCUAAAAGUCAGGUUAUUUCAAAUGCAAAGAAUACAGUACAAAGUUUUAAAAGAUUUCAUGGUCGUGCAUUCUCAGAUCCCUUUGUUCAAGCUGAAAAAGCAAGCCUUGCGUAUGAACUUGUCCAGCUGCCAACAGGCUCAACUGGCAUCAAGGCUAUGUAUAUGGAAGAAGAAAGAAACUUUACUAUUGAACAGGUGACGGGAAUGCUUCUUACCAAAUUAAAAGAGACUGCUGAGAAUGCGCUUAAGAAGCCUGUAGUUGAUUGUGUUGUUUCUGUUCCUUCUUUCUACACAGAUGCAGAAAGGAGAUCUGUGAUGGAUGCUACACAGAUUGCUGGUCUCAACUGUCUGAGAUUAAUAAAUGAAACAACUGCAGUUGCCCUUGCAUAUGGGAUCUAUAAGCAAGACCUGCCUGCCUUGGAAGAGAAGCCACGGAAUGUUGUUUUUGUGGAUAUGGGGCAUUCUGCAUAUCAAGUUUCUGUUUGUGCAUUCAACAAAGGAAAACUGAAAGUUCUUGCUACAUCAUUUGAUACAACACUUGGAGGCAGGAAGUUUGAUGAGAUGUUAGUUGAAUACUUUUGUGAAGAAUUUGGAAAGAAAUAUAAACUAGACAUAAAGUCAAAGAUUCGUGCGUUGUUGAGGCUAUACCAGGAAUGUGAAAAACUGAAAAAAUUGAUGAGCGCUAAUGCCUCUGAUCUCCCGAUGAACAUAGAAUGCUUCAUGAAUGACAUAGAUGUCUCUGGAACAAUGAACAGAAGCAAAUUUUUAGAGAUGUGUGAUGGACUCCUUGCAAGGAUAGAACCACCCCUUCGCAGUGUGCUGGAGCAAGCCAAGUUAAAGAAGGAGGAUAUUUAUGCAGUAGAGAUAGUUGGUGGUACCACAAGAAUUCCUGCUGUAAAAGAGAAGAUCAGUAAAUUUUUUGGCAAAGAAGUCAGUACAACUUUGAAUGCAGAUGAGGCUGUUGCACGAGGUUGUGCGUUGCAGUGUGCUAUUUUAUCCCCGGCUUUCAAAGUGAGAGAAUUUUCUAUCACAGAUUUGAUACUGUAUCCUAUUUCUUUACGAUGGAAUUCACCAGCAGAGGAAGGGUUAAGUGACUGUGAGGUCUUUCCCAAGAACCAUGCUGCUCCGUUUUCUAAGGUCCUCACAUUCUACAGAAAGGAACCUUUUACUCUUGAGGCGUACUACAGCUCUCCCAAGGAGUUGCCUUACCCAGAUCCUGCUAUAGCUCACUUCUUGGUUCAGAAGGUCACUCCUCAAACAGAUGGCUCCAGUUCAAAAGUGAAAGUCAAAGUUAGAGUAAAUAUCCAUGGUAUCUUCAGUGUUUCAAGUGCAUCAUUAGUGGAGGUUCAUAAAUCUGAUGAGAAUGAAGAGCCUAUGGAAACAGAUCAGCAUGCAAAAGAGGAAGAGAAGAUGCAAGUAGACCAGGAAGAGCAACAAAAGACUGAAGAACAACAGCAGGCCCAACCUGAAAAUAAGGCAGAGUCUGAAGAAAUGGAGACGUCUCAGGCUGACUCGAAAGACAAGAAAGUGGAUCAACCACCUCAAGCCAAGAAGGCUAAAGUAAAGACUACUACAGUGGACCUUCCCAUUGAGAAUCAGUUGGUGUGGCAGAUAGGGAAAGAUAUGCUGAACUUAUUCAUUGAGAAUGAGGGUAAAAUGAUAAUGCAGGAUAAGCUAGAGAAAGAGAGGAAUGAUGCCAAGAAUGCUGUGGAAGAAUACGUGUAUGAUAUGAGAGACAAACUCUGCGGUAUUUAUGAGAAAUUUGUUAAUGAAGACGAUCGAAAUAGCUUCACGCUGAAGCUGGAAGAUACAGAGAACUGGCUUUAUGAAGAUGGUGAAGACCAACCCAAACAAAUUUACAUUGAUAAAUUGACUGAGUUGAAGACUCUGGGCCAACCGAUUCAGGCACGAUUUCAAGAGUCAGAGGAAAGACCAAAAGCAUUUGAGGACCUAGGGAAGCAAAUUCAACAGUACAUGAAAAUUGUUCAUGCAUUCAAAGCAAAGGAUGAACAGUAUGACCAUCUAGAUGAAGCAGAUGUAGUGAAAGUGGAGAAGAGUGCAAAUGAAGCUAUGGAGUGGAUGAACAACAAACUUAAUCUUCAGAACAAGAGAAGUCUUACUUUGGACCCAGUUAUAAAAGCUAAAGACAUACAAGCUAAGACUAAAGAAUUGACAAGUAUUUGUAAUCCUAUAGUCACGAAACCAAAACCCAAAGUUGAGCUCCCGAAGGAGGAGCAGAAACCCCCUGAACCCAACGGACCAGUAGGUGGGCAGGGAGAAGCCAGCGGUGGGGCCCAGGCCCCUGACCAGGAGGGUGCUGCUGCUGCUGCCCCUGAGAAAAAGCUUCCUGAAAUGGACAUUGACUGAAUUUCAGCACUUGUUUAUAUUAUUGCAAACUACAAUAAAGCUUUAAGUUGUCAACUUUGUAUGUUCUGAAUACAAAUUGAAGCAAGUGGAUACCACAGGCCUCUUAGGAAGUUUUGGAGAGGUUUGCUCAAUGCAUCAAGUCAGAACACUAAGUAGCUAACUAAUCAGUCAAAUAAGCAGUGUUUCUUGCCAUUAGGAUUGUAUUUAGAAGUUUUGGUAUUACUACUAGAUCUCCAGCAUCAGCCAUAAGCUGAUCCUCUGUUGUUAAGGUCCAGGGCCAGUCAAUCUUACUGGAAAGUGGCAAGACAGCACCACCUGAAGUCUAACUUGGCACUGUUGUCCCUUCCCUUUCCAGUGGGGAUUGCAAUGACAACCACUGACACCAGGGCUGUGAGAAGAUAAGGGGAGCAGGGGUGCUCCUGCCUGUACCUUGUCUUUCGCUUGCUCAUCUCACUCUUGCCCCUGUUUUAGCGUUAUUUUGAUUUGCACUGGAACAGUUCAUAGUUACACAAGGUUUGCGAAGCAGUGGGUGGUAGUAUUUGAUUCUUUAGCUGGUGCCCUGCCAUCUUGGAGUCAUUGCCGUAGAGUAGCAGCUCCUGCGGAUCACAUGUGCAGGUGUAUUCCUGGCAUACUUCCCCAGCUAAUUAGACUAUGGAAACUUGUUUAUCUCUAGUUAAAUUAGCUGCUUGUAGAAAGAGAAUGAAUACUUGUAUUUCAGCUGCCUAAACUGAUAGUUGAUUCUGACUUGUUCCUAACAUUUUGUGAAGGGGUUAUGCUUGCUGCCACAAGGCCUUCAGUUGGAAUGCUUGGCUUUGGUUUUGUUUUGCCUUUUCCCAGGAAAAGACAGACCUGACCUAUUUGGCAUUUUUUUUUUCUAUGAGCUUUAUACAGUGAUUUGCUUCUAGUACUGAUUGUCAUUAAACUUGCAAGCAUUAAUUUGUAUGUGUUCAAAGCUGAAACACCCAUUCAGAUGUUGCAAGAAAUAAACGCACUGGAUUCUACUGGA